UUGCCAUUCGACUAGAUCCCAUACGUGAUAUUUUAUUACACAUCUCUCUUCCACUCCCUCACUUCUUUGUGUUUCUGUCUCCACGCUUCCAGCGAUGUUCCAUCACGCGCCGUCUUUCAUUUCCCUCAUCAUCUUCUUCACCAUUCUGUCAGCCGCAUCACCAAACAAAGACCCGGUCACCGUCCAGCCAUUCCUGGUCAAGUCAUCCCCACCCGCCACCAUACCCGCUUUCCCGGAGCAGUCCGACUUCUCCGGCUGCCCACUCGAUCUACCAGACGACCUCUUCCACGGAAUCAAGUCAGCCUGCACCGGCAAAAAGCUCCACAAAGGAAAAUGCUGCCCCGUGCUAGGCGCGUGGCUCUACUCCGCUUACUCGACCACUGCUCUCAGCCGUUCCAUUCCCAGCUCCGCCGUUAGAAACGCGACCUCCGCCGCGACCACGCCGGAAGAGGAUAUGCCUUUGCUUCCAGACGACUCGGAGACUUGCGUCGAUGGUUUGGAGAAAUCUUUGAGGAGGAGAGGGAUCGAGCUGGCGAGUCCGAAUGAGACGUGCGGCGUGGUUGACUGCUACUGCGGGAUAAGGUUGCAUCACUUGAGCUGUUCCGAGGCGUUUAGUGUGAAUGGAGAAGGGAGGCUCGUUGGAGACGAGAGUGUUGAUCGGUUAGAGACUGAUUGUUUGAGUGUAAGAAACAACAAUGGCGAUAGAUUCUCUCCGCUCAGUAGAUGUAACAAGUGCUUGAAGAGCCUCUAUAAGCUUAACCCGAAGAAAACAUCAGGGACAAGAAACCCAUCGAAGGAAGACAGAAACAGAACAACAAAGAUGCACAACAAAGACUGUGUUCUAAUGGGUCUCACUUGGCUUCUCGCUAAGAACCGUACGGCUUACUUCCCCACUGUCACUUCAGUCCUCCGAGCCGUCAUGCUCAGCCAAAACGGUGAGCCACGGUCAUGUGCUCUCGGCGGUGACGGCAUGCCUUUAGCUGUUGACUCUUCCGAAUUCUCUAACGGCUCAUCAACUUUAAUUCAGUACCCGUACCACUUGGUCCACUUCUUACUUUACAGCGUCAUCACAUUGGUCUUGCUAGGGUCGUGGUGACUCACGCUGACGUGGGUUCGGAUUUGGUUGUGACACGGCGUUACGUGAUUGGCUCAGAAGUUAAGUGAAAAUUCAGAUAGAGAGAAGAGUGAUAGGAUGGGAUUUGUCAUUCUGUCUUUGUACAUUAGUUUUGCUUUUGAUGUCCUUGUCGUUGUUGUUGUAGUCAUUUUGUUAAGAAAAAAUUCGUAUUGUUUUCACAAAUUAA